AGAGAGCUGGCCCAGCAGUGGCUGGAAAAACUGAAUGACCAGUGGGAACUCCAGAGGUUUCUUCAGGACUGUCAUGAGCUGGGGGACUGGGUGUGUGAGAAGAUGCUGAUGGCGAGGGACAGCAGCCGUGACGAGACCCAGAAGCUUCAUAAGAAAUGGCUGAAGCACCAGGCAUUCAUGGCCGAGUUGGCCCAAAAUAAGGAAUGGCUGGACAAAAUUGAAAAGGAGGGCCAGCAGCUGAUCCAGGAGAAGCCGGAGCUCAGUCCGGUGGUCCGGAAGAAGUUGGAGGAAAUCAGGGAGUGCUGGCAGGAUCUGGAGAGCACCACCCAGGCCAAAGCCCGUCAACUCUUCGAAGCUAACAAGGCCGACCUGCUGGUGCAGAGCUACGAAAGCCUGGACCAGAGACUGGGCCAGCUGGAGGGUCAACUGCACUAUGUGGACCAGGGACAGGACCUGACUACUGUCAACAAGCAGCUGAAAAAACUACAAACCAUGGAGAGCCAGAUGGAGGAGUGGUAUAAGGAGGUGGGGCAGCUCCAGGCACAGGUGUCCACCAUCCCGCAGCAGACGCAGAUCAAGGAGACGGUUGCCGAGCGUCAAGCCGUUGUGGAGGCUAGGAUGGUGCGUCUGAUCGAGCCGCUGAAGGAGAGACGACGCAUCUUGCUGGCAUCCAAGGAAGUUCAUCAAGUCGGACGGGAUCUGGAGGAUGAGAUCUUGUGGGUCCAGGAGCGCCUCCCAAUGGCCAUGUCUCAGGAGCACGGCUCCUCUCUGCAGGCAGUCCAGCAGCUCAUGAAGAAGAACCAGACACUUCAGAGGGAGCUGCAGGGCCACAGGAGCAGGAUCGAGGACGUCCUGGAGAGGGCGGGGAUCAUCGCCUCCAUACGCAGCCCAGAGGCCAACUGCGUCAGGGCGGGCCAUGACCAGCUUUCCCAGCUGUGGGCUCUGCUCUGGGCCGAGACAGAAAGGAGGCAACUAAUCCUGGACGCCAUGUACCAAGCCCAGCAGUACUACUUUGACACGGCUGAGGUGGAGGCCUGGCUGAGUGAGCAGGAGCUGCACAUGAUGAACGAGGAGAAGGGGAAGGAUGAGCCGAGCACACUGCAGCUGCUGAAGAAACACUUGGUCCUGGAACAGACUAUUGAGGACUACGCUGAGACCAUCGGCCUGCUGUCACAGCAAUGUCGACAGUUGCUGGAGAUGGGGCACCCGGACUGCGAGCAGAUCAGCAAGCGUCAGUCACAGAUCGACCGUCUGUACGUGUCUCUGAAGGACCUGGUGGAAGAGAGGAAGAGCCGCCUGGAGCAGCAGUACUGGCUCUACCAGCUCAACAGGGAGGUGGAUGAGCUGGAGCAGUGGAUCGCUCAGAGGGAGGUGGUCGCCAGCUCACCGGAACUGGGUCAAGACUAUGAGCAUGUCACCGUCUUGCAGGAGAAGUUUACAGAGUUUGCAUCAGAGACAGGCAGUGUGGGGCAGGAGCGAGUGACAGCCGUCAACCAGAUGGUGGACGAGCUCAUCGACUAUGGCCACUCAGAGGCAGCCACCAUUGCUGAAUGGAAGGAUGGGGUGAACGAGGCUUGGGCCGACCUGCUGGAGCUCAUGGAGACCAGAGCACAGAUGCUUGCUGCCUCACACCAGCUGCAUAAGUUCUUCUCUGACUGCAGAGAGGUUUUAUCCCAAAUUGAGGACAAACAUCGAAGGCUGCCGGAAGUUCGUGCUCGGCAAGGCAGCAGUGCCAACACCAGCACCCUACAGAGACUGUUACACAGCUUCGAACAGGACAUACAGCUGCUGGUCACGCAGGUGCGUCAGCUACAGGAGAGCGCGGCUCAGCUGAGGACAGUGUAUGCCGGCGAGAAGGCUGAAGCCAUCGCAUCCCGCGAGCAUGAAGUGAUGCAGUACUGGAAAGAGCUGCUGACGUCCUGUGAGGAGUGUCGAGUACAGAUUACCACUGAGACAGACAAGCUGAGGUUCUUCAGCAUGGUCAGAGAUCAGAUCAUGUGGAUGGAAUCGAUCAUCUGUCAGAUAGGGACAGGAGAGAAGCCCAGGGACGUGUCCUCAGUAGAGGUGCUGAUGAAUUAUCACCAGAGUCUGAAGAGUGAAGUGGAGGCUCGCAGCCGGAGCACCCUGGAGUGCAUCGAGAUGGGCAAAACUCUGCUGGCUGCCAGAAACCCAGCAGCCGAAGAGAUCAAGGAGAAGCUCGACAAGGUGGUUGCUAAGCAAUAUGAGAUGUCUGAGAAGUGGGACAAGCACUGGGAAGUCCUACAGCAAUUGUUGGAGGUUCACCAGUUUGCCCAGGAGGCGGUGGUGGCGGAGGCAUGGCUGACUGCUCAGGAGCCGUUCAUCAACAGCAGUGAGCUGGGUGCGAGUGUAGAUGAGGUGGAGCAGCUGAUUCGUCGACAUGAAGCUUUCCGCAAAGCUGCCGCCACCUGGGAAGAGCGAUUCAGCUCACUGCGACGACUCACCACGGUGGAAAAGUUGAAAGCAGAACAAAGUAAACUACCCCCGACCCCCCUGCUGGGUCGUAAAGUCUUCCUGGACCCCCAAGAUGCUUCACCCAGUGCAUCCACCCUCCCGCGCCUCCCGAUCUCCCCCGUCAUGAGACAAACCAUCUAUGAGCAGAAUGAAGCCAGCUCUCCUCCCUCGCCCUCACCUGCCACGCCCACACCCUCUCCUUCAUCUGUGGCUCGUCGACUGGGGUCGACAGUCGCUAACUACACCCCUGUAAUGAAUGGCUCCAGCUACCGCCACACCCUGGAGUCGCGGCACAGUAACGUAGUGGGUGUUGCUGCAGGACUAGGCCAGCCUGCACUUUCCUCCAUCGCCUCUGUUGCCACAGCCGCCAUGCUAGUCUCAGCCAACCAGGUGCGAGAGAGCACUAGUGCAGUGAGAGACCAAGCGACAAAGGCGAUGAGUCACCUCCAGCCAGUACAGGCAGCAAGGACACUGGAGGUGAAAUCGUCCCCUUAUCUACGUCAAGCCAAAAUCAAACACAUGGAUGACGCAGUGACGCCGCUGAUUGUGGCCAGUCGUCUGGAGAAAGCGAGGGAGAAGGAGAGGGGAAGAGAGAGAGAGAUGAUGAUGGGAGAGAUAGGGACUGAGAGAGCAGAGGUGGCUGUGAUGGCUGAGGUGGUGCUCCAGGAGCCGGGCAGGGAGCGCCUGCACAGCGAGCCCACCAGAGGUCCUCGGGGGUCCAGGUCUGACCCGUUGGGCCAAGCUGAGCCCCAGGUCCAGACCCACAUGUACCACAGGGACCACAGGAUAGAACGGCAGCUGUCCAGCGAGCAGCUGAUCCAGGCACGCAGGGAUGAGCUGCCUCAGGAGGUGUGGAGGGAACAGGCCGAGAGGCGGGAGAGACGGACUCUUGAAAGACAAACGUCCAGUGAGCAGGAGGGCCACGGAGGCCAUGAGGGCCGGCGGAGAGAGAGGGACCGACACAGGCUGGAGAGACAAGAAUCCAGUGAGCAUGACACCGGGAAAGAGCACUCAGACAGACGCUCAGGAGGAGGAGAAAAGAGAUCCACCAUGGCAGAAAUUGUAGAGCAGCUGCAAGAAAGAGAAGCUGCACAGGCCCGUGGUGAGGUGCCACGCCUGCCUAACGGGUUACCAGAGAAGUCUUCCCGUCUUGACCGGCCGCGAGCUCGGGACAGACCCAAACCACGGCGUCGACCACGACCCAAAGAGCCUGGAGAGACUACACGGCGGUCUAGGUCCGCUCCAGCCCAGAGCAGCCCAGCAGUUCCCCAGCCACCAACACACACUGCACACCAUGAGGGCUUCCUUUUCCGCAAGCUGGACAUCGAGACCCUUAAGAAGAGUACCAAUAGUGGCUGGGCUGACCACGCACAGCUAACAGCUCAUCCCCUUCCAGCUAUGGAUGAGUCCCACUCACGUGCCCACUCAAGGCAAUGGAUGAAUGUCCCCUAUGUACAUGCCCUGUUAUGUACAUGGCAAGGUAAGUCAUAUAUGAGCCCCACACACACAAACACACAGACUGUACAUAGCCUCCCUUUCCCAUCCCUCCAUCCCCCACCUCCUCCGUCCGUCCGUCUGUCUGCCUGUCUGUUCGUCUGUGUUUGUUCAGCAGUGUGUUUCCUCCUCCCUUCUUGGCGCCGGUCCAUCCCGCCUACCUACCUGUCUGCUCUGGUCAGCAGGUCAUGGGUCAACCUAUACUGCGUGCUGAACAAAGGGGAGAUGGGUUUCUACAAGGAUGCGAAGAACACCGCCACACCGUACAACAAUGAGCCGCUGCUCAACCUCUCCCACUGCCACUGCGAUGUCACCAAUGGCUACAAGAAGAAGAAGAACGUAUUCACACUCAAAACGAAGGACGGCAGUGAGUUUUUAUUUCAUGCAAAAGAUGAGGAUGACCUCAAAGCGUGGGUGACCAACAUCACCACUAGUAUCACGGAGCACGAGGAGAUUGCCAAAUGGGGUCAGCCCCAACCAACUACCUCAUCCACCGACGAGGGCACACGCAGAGACGGCAGCAAGGCGGAUAACAGGUCAGAGCGAGGCGGUGAGCGCUCGGACCGGGCCGAGCGAAUUGAGCGGGCCGAUAAGGAGAAGGAGAAAGAGAAAGAAAAGGAGAGGGAGAGAGGCGAACGGUCAGAGAGGUCAGAUCGGGGCGGGAAGUCGGACGCGAAGCGCUCUGAAAAGUCUGGUAAGAAAAAGUGAGCCGUGUGACGGAUUGGUCGGGAUUGAAUCGUAUGAACUCCGGAUAGGAGGCGGGGCUGUAGACCUGUAGUGAACGCCCCCCUCCUUCUCUCCGCCUCCAACACUGUCAACAAAGCGGUUGUGUUUGGAUGGAAAGUGACACACAGGACAGAAGGACUGACCCAGGCUCACUCAUAGGAUGGAUUUUGGAGCAGGAGACAUCUUUCUCUCUCUCUCUAUCUCUCUCUCCCUCUCUAUCUAUCUCUCUCUGUCUGUCUCUCUCUCUUCUUCUGUGUCUCUGUGAGAACACACAGAGUCACUGAUGCUCCGCCUAUGCCCCCCCCAGUGGCUGUUUCAGAGAACUGCAGAGGGAGUUUGGUGCUGCUGAACCCCAGGAAGCGUUAACGUGAGAGAGACGGGACACGUUAACUCAGAGGCUGUUACUGAUUGCUGGUAGUGCGACAAAACGUAGCUCAUUCUGUCCCAUGUUUGUUUUUUUCUAUGAGAUGAGCUGUACCUGUAUGUAUUUCUUGUCCGUCUGUCCUAUCUACUGUAUCUAUCUGUCUGUCUGUAAGUUGAGACAUCCUACAUUAUGUCUUAUUACUCCUCAGAAAUCGAAAGAGAAUGAAAUUAUGCCAAAAUGUUUUACAGAAGUACAAACUUAGAGACAUUUUUUGUUAACUGUUUUCUCCACGUUGUCCGAUCUGUCUCGAGGUCUGACCAUGUAGAAAAUGUGGAAGUGACACAGCUUUUACUUUGAUACCAAACAGCACUGAAACCACAUUCAUCUAAACGCACCGUCAGUGAGUCAACACUGAUAAACAGCUACAGUACUGUGCUGAUUCAAGGAAGCCGGAAAGAUGAUGAUUUAAGACAAGAGAAGAGUAGAUGGCCGACCAGAGGGAUUAACUUCAAAACAGUCAGGAAAAUAAGAAAUAUGGAAAGCAGAAAUGCAUUCUUCCUCAGAAAGUCAGAGAAAUGCAUCAAAAGGCUUAAAAUCCUGGAAAAAGAUCAUCCCAAAAAUUUAAUAAAAUCCACCCACAAAGAGCAAACAGAGCAGCUUCUCUUCAUUUUUAAAGGAUUUAUUUAGGAUUAAAGCGUAUAUUUGUUAAGAUUGCUGCAUACACAGAACAUGUGACAUAAAGACUGCACAACAGUCUGGUCACUGCAGCCACUUGGGCUCCAAAGUCUAAUUCAUUAAAAAAAAAAAACACCACCAACAAAAAACGAACAGUUCUUGGAUCAGGAAUUAGAAAGAGAUAAAAACUCAAUCUGAUAGAAGACUGUGGCACCAAGGGGCCUCAUUUGUUAAAAAAUGGUCUAAUUUUUCUCUAAUUAGGUGGUGUGUAAGAUUUUGGGGGGAUUUAAUGGUGAACAUCACAGCUUACAACCAGCUUCUCCCAGUUAGAAUUCCUUCUGUGUUUAUUGUUGAGGAGGUUUUUACCGAGAGCCGAAUCCUUCGCAGAGGUCUUUUUCUCCCCAAAACAAACAUAACAGGUGAUUAAAACAAGGGAAAAAACACUGACUAAAGCAGUUUAACAUUUAAAAAUCAGUAUUUAUGACACUGUUGGCUAAUUGCAGAGGGGCUGCUGAUUACAGUGGCCAAGGCAAAAACAUGAAUCACCCUAUUUAGAGUUAGUGUUUUGUUUGUCCUUUCUGGGCUACUGUAGAAACAUAGCUCUAUGUAGAUAUUGACAGCUCAAUCAAUUUAAGCUGAUUAUACACAAAAUAAACAUACUUAUGUUAUCAUAUUCCAUUUCUGCCAGUGUAUGGGGGGAUAUGUGGGGGAUACACAGUUGGUGAAAUUUAUUUCAACCUUCUGAUUUGAGCAUCGGGAUCAGUUUUUCUUCAGUUACAUGUUUGGCUUUUUCCCCUAAGCACAAAAUCUGCACCUGGUAUAUUUUUAAUGAAUGAGGCCUCAUCUACUCUUUUAUUCUCUUAUAACAUCAAACUACUCGCUGGAUAUUCUCUUUGAUUUAUUCGCACAAAUCUGUGGCAUCUUUUUUCUUAAUACACAGUUUAAACUAUCUUGUUUUUUUGUGUGAGUGUGUUUGGUGCGUGUGCGUGCGCGUGUGCAUUGCUGCUCUCCGCUCCCAGGGUCUCCAUAGCUCUCAGGUUAUUUAUGUUAGUGUGUGCUUACCGUGUGCUUCAUGUGUUCAUAUGUUUGUCCCCUCAGACACCACCUCAGUCUUCCAGACACGUCCGAUCCACAACACACACACAGAGACACACACACACACACACACACACACACACACACACA